AUGGUAGAGGGCAACGCCUGGGCUCAGAUGAAGGCCAAGGAGCAAGAACAGCGACUGGCCAACCCUGGCAGAGAGCCAGCCCCCAAACCACAAACACACACGUCCUCUGGAUUGGACUACGACGCUGAGCUAGCACUUCCGAUGCCAAAGCCCAAGCCUCGUGCCGCCCAUCUAGAAGAAAUAUCGUCACCCAUGUCCAAGUCGAGCUUUUUGAGCAUGCCCAAAGUCACAAAGAAAAGGUCCACCACUGAGCCUGCGCUACCGAGCGAACGAAACUCGAAGUCUGAAGGCUCCGACAAGUCUGAAAAGUCCGAAAAGUCCGGAAAGAAGAAAUCGAAGGUGGCAACGCUGCGUUCCAAAUUCAGCUUCAAGGAUAUUGGAAAAGAGUUUCGCAAAGAGAUCCCUCCCUUGAGCAGCAUGCCGAAAUUCAGUGACGUAUGGAGUAGUGACUCUAAGCGUGCCUCUUCUGAUGAGGAGAUCCAAUCCACUCCAGCCCCUAACUUCAACGAGGCAAAGUUGUAUGUUCCCAGGGCUAGGAAGGGCGAUGUGCAGCCGUAUUCCGCACCAGCCCAUACCUCCGAGUUCUCUGAUGCCACCAGCCCAGAAAAAAUGUCCGAAGAUAGUACUUUGUCUUGGCCCCCUUUGCGUAUUCAAGCUAAGAACGGUGACGAUGGCACAACUGAAGCAAAGGUUAAACACAGUGCCACGCGUAGUGCUGACGGUGGUCGAGGCACCGCAAGCACACGUCUUGAGGGUUUGCUGCAUGACGGCCUGUCCCCUCCCGCCCGCACUGGUGAACUGAAUAACACUGGCCAAGCUGAACUUAUCCAAGUACAGGAUCGAGUGCCCAGUAUGGAAGCGGAAAGUAACCAGCCUGCGAUGCCGGUUGCUCCUAGUACUCCCCCCCUCCCUCCCAGAGCAUACUCACCGUCGAUUUAUGACACCCCCAAAACAGUGGCAGCAAAGGCCUCGCUGUCUUCAUUGUUUGAUAAGGUCGCUCAGAAACCAAAGCACCCUUUCAUCGUCUCAUCUUCCAGUUACAACCCGAAGGCUUGCGAGCAGCAGACCGAUGAUCAGCUCUUCUUGUAUCCACGUGAAGCACCAGUCCCCCCUUUGCCAACCAGGUCCCUAGCUCGAGACGGACUGAGAGAUAGCCAAAUUGGCCAGAGCAACAAUGCUGUCAAUGAAGCACAGUAUUUUACCGACGUGACUGGUCAUGGCGGGUAUGCUCCUCCCCCUCCGCACCCAGGAUACCAGAAUACGGUGACCAUGGAGCAGCAACUUGCAUCGCAUGUGGACUCGCUCCAUUACCACCUCAACACAGCUGUUAACAAAAUCUCCAGAACAUCUGAGAAUAACAGCCACUGGUCAACAGAUCAGAUCCUCAAGCAGGUCGAUGCCGUUUCUGACCUUGCUCGGGUUCUCGACAUCCGCACCGCGGCCCAUGGAGAGACCAUCAAAGACGUACCACGACUCUUGGCAGAUACCAACAUUCGGAUAAACAAUGCACAGAAGGAAAUGAUAAUGGCUGAGGAAAGGGUCAAAAACUUCGUUCGCCAGGAAGUAGCUAGACUGAGAAGUGAUCUCACCCAGCUGAUACUGUCUAACCACAGCGCUGCGGGUAUCCAGGCCCAAGCUCACGACUCCAAAUGGGAGGCAUCCUAUCCAGGAGGACCAGGAGGAUUCAGGCCUGGUAGAGAUGGCGACAAGCGGUUCCAGUAUCAGAACAAGAGAAAGCAGAAGCCGAUGCAAAUGAAACGGGAUGAUUGGGUUUCUAAUAAGAAGCCCACCCAGGAAAGCAAACCUGUGCCUGUGCAACAGACUGAAACUACUACAGGAAAGGAACCCGACGAGCAGGGCCUGAGCAACAGUGGUUCAUCUUCCACUGCUGCUGUCAACACCCCUGAUUCUCAAACUGACGGCGUUGCUACCCCAUCCGCAAUGAAGAGAGGCAUUUCAGCAAACGAUAACGAGUUAUCGAAAAGCCCCAAAACAAAGGAUGCUCAGUUGGGUCGUAUCUCCAGCCCUAAGCCGACCUCAGAUCCCAAGCCUGCCGACGAGGCUAGCCAGAGAAAGGGCUCAGAGAGCAACAGCAUUCAAUCCUCUUCCAAACGUGAGUCUGAGAGCCAAUCCCGCAGUGUUUUGAGCGGCGAAGAUUUGAAAACCCCCAAGAAAAAGGGUGGCAUGUUCAGUGGUUUCCGCCGAAAGGGUGAUGGUGACAGUCAGUCGGGCAACAGAUUUCUUCGCCCACGCACCCCUCGCCAUUCGAAGGAGGGUAAAUAUGCCAGCAGCCAAGAAAGCCAGAGCCCUCGCUUCGCGAUAUCGGCUCCUAUGCAAAUACGCCCCGCGGCAAUUCCUCCCAAUUCGGCGUCACCCGCCCCGUCCGGUACUCCAACGCUUGCCGUCGGCGCUGGAGGACAAACCAAGAGGGCAAAAAGUCCAAGCCUAGUUCACCCUGCUCUGCGCAAUGAGCAUCAGAGACAGAUAAUGGCUGACCGCGAGCGUACUUUUGCACAGCUCAACCGUCAGGUUCAGACCCCCGCAUAUGGGCAAGCCCAGGGCCACGGCCAUCCUUUUCCCGGCUCCCAGUCUCAUCACGACUUUGGCAGAGAAGCAGCCACUUCCUUAUCGGCCAUGGGGUAUGAGCUUCCGAAGCCCCCAUUUGCGUCUGGAAUAGCAAGCUCCUCCUCUUUCCGUGACGUGAGACCUUCCCUCCCUCCCCAGAGCCAACACGAAGGACAGCUACAGUAUUUCUCGCCCCCACCAGUUCAUCUGCCCCCUACCCGUCCUGACCCCGGUCACGACCUCGACCAAGGCCAAUUCGACGACAUUGAGUGGUACGGAGGUGGCAACGGGUCGAUAAACAGCGAGGCGGGUUACCGUGUUGAUAAAUUGGCUUAA